UCCUCUUUGCAUGUGUGUGUCUCUCUCUUUGUGUGCGUGUCGCUCUUUGGGGUGUGAUGCCAGUGUCAGCACGCUCCUUUCCAAGUGCUGUGCCUCAUUGUGCGCCUCUUGUGUGUGUGUGUUUCCUGGUGAGCAUGACCCACACAAAGACAGGCUUGUGCGAGGCCAGUUGUGUGUGCGCACAUUGUUUGUGUGGUUUUUUUGCACAGCGAUGAGGAAGGGACUCCGGAAUCUGGUCCGUCCUGUUUUUGGGGAAGUCCUGAAGGGUGCGGAAGGGGAGGAAUUUGGCAAAGCGGAAGGAGGAGACGAGUGAGCGAGAGAACGAGAGAGACACCGAAAGAAAAACAAGAGACAGACAGAGAGAGAGAGCGAGAGAGAGGGAGGAAGAAACCAGGAGAAUGGGGUGCAUUUGACCUCAUUUUUCCAUCAUCAUUCACCCCAAACUUUCCUUCCAACUAUUUGGCAAAGUCAGAAGAGCGACUGAACGAGAGAGGCACCGAAAGAAAGACAAGAGAGUGAGAGAGAAAGAAAAGAAGGAAGAAAGAAGAGGAAAUAACAAGGAUGCAUUUCAUUGGGGAAAUGCCUAAAUCCUGACCCCAUUUCUCCACCUUCUUUCACCUCAAACGUUACUUCCAAGAAUUCGGAAGAGCGGAAGAGCGACAAAGCUAGACGUCAACGGCAGAAGAAAGACACGAGAAAGAGAACGAAAAGAAGAAAGAGGCAGAAAUCACAAGGACGGGGUGCAUUUCGGACUCCUCUGUAUCCUCAUCCAAAUUUGGCAAAGCAGGAGAGCGACAGAACGAGAAAAAGGCACCAAAAGAAGAGAGAGAAGAACAGAAAAAGAGAGAAGACGAUCAAUCAUGGGUCACCUUUGUCCCCAUUUCUCCAUCAUCCUUCACUCCAGACUUGCCUUCUGAGAGCAAGAAGAGUGAGAAAACGAGGCAGGCACUGAAAGAAAGACAAGAGAGAGAGAGAGAAAGGAAGGAAGGAAGGAAAGAAGGAAGGAAGGAAGGAAGGAAGGAAGGAAGGAAGGAAGGAAGGAAGGAAGGAAGGAAGGAAGGAAGGUAGGAAGGAAGGAAGGAAGGAAGGAAGGAAGGAAGGAAGGAAGGAAUGAAGGAGAGGAAAUAAUGAGGAUGGGGGUUCAUUUGUGUCACCCUUAAAUCUUAACCUCCAUCAUCUUUUACCCCAAACAUUCCUUCCAAGAAUUUGGAAAAGCGGAAGAGCGACAGAACGAGAGAGACACUAAAAGAAAAGACGAGAAAGCAAGAAAGAAGGAAAGGGGGGGACAAAAGGAUGGGGUGGGAGCGUACUUUGGGGCUGUCCCCUAAUACCGACCCUCUCCCUUGACCCCUUUGGAGGUGUGUCCUUACUAUUUGGGGUGUGACCCCAAUGAAGGUCUUCCUGCGCUUGGGGGGCUGCCUGGAGCCGGGUGGGCCUUCUUCUUCUUCCUCUUCCGGAGGGGGCUUCCUCACUCGGACCCGGUGGUACUGCCUCCCUGCCAAGGCUCCUGUGACAUCGUGGGAGGAAGCGGAGGACGGGGUGAUCUAUACGGUCAGUUCGCGGCCGGCGCCGGGCACCAGGGGCGAGGAGGAGGCCGCCGCCGUCUCGGGUCUUCCCCCGGAGGGAGUCCCGCCACCCCAAGUGUCCCGGUGCCUGAAGGCCGGGACGCUACCUGCGCUGGUGCGCCACCUGCUAGAGGCCCCUUCCGCGGGCGACCUGGGCUUCGUGCCCUCCUUCCUGGGCACCUUCCGCACCUUCGCCACCCCCCAAGAGGUGCUGGGGCUCCUCCUCCACAGGCUAGAGGAAGUGACCGGUGCCGCUUCGGGUUCAAAUGGCCUUCCCCCAGAAACAGCAGCAGAUGCCAAGCUCCAGCGCUCCCUGGGCUCCCUGCUCUGCUCCUGGCUGGAGGGCUUCCCGGAGGACUUUGCCCGCCUGGGGCCCACCUUGCAGGGCCGGCUUCUCUCCUGGCUGCGCUGGGCCCUGGGGAGGGGCUCCGGCCCCGAGAAGACCCUGCUCCUCCUCCUGGCCUCUGAGGGGCCCAACGAGGGGCCUCCGCUUGCAGGGACCCCCCGGGACCCCACGAUGACCCCGACGAGGGAGGACGGCGCAGGGGAGGAGGGGGACUCCCGGGAGCCGGACCCCCACUUCAUCCUGGGACUGCAGGCCGAGGACGUGGCCGCCCACCUCACCGCCACCGACGCCGCGCUCUUCCUGGGCCUGGUCCCGCAGGAGUGCCUGGGCUCGCUGUGGUCGCGCCGGGACAAGAAGGGCCACGAGGGGGUCUGCCCCUCCGUCCGGGCCACGGUGGCCCAGUUCAACCGCGUGGCCACGGCCGUGGUCUUCUCCUGCCUGGCCGACACCGCCCUGAGGGCCACCCAGCGCGCUCGGCUCCUCGAGAAGUGGAUCCGCGUGGCCGAGGAGUGCUUCCUCCUCCGGAACUUCUCCUCUCUCUACGCCGUGGUCUCCGCUCUCCAUUCGACUCCCAUCCAUCGGCUCAAGAGGACGUGGGAGGAGACCUCCAGGGACUGCCUCCGCUGCUACGAGGAGCUGAGUGCCGUCUGCUCCGAGGAGGACAACUACAGCCAAAGCCGGAGGCUCCUCUUCCAGGAAGGGCCCCCUCGAGGAUCCCCCGGGAUGGAGCCCACCCUCCGGCGGCACCAUCACCACCAUCACCACCGGCGGUCCCUGGAGCAACGCCCCACGGGGGUGGUCCCUUACCUGGGCACAUUCCUGAAGGACCUGGUGAUGCUGGACGCAGCCGCAAAGAACCGCCUAAAGAACGGCUACAUCAACUUUGAGAAGCACCGGAAGGAGUUUGAGAUCAUGACCCAGCUGCGCCUCCUGCAAGCCAACUGCCGUAACUACGCCCUGAGCCCGGACCCUUCUCUCCAGAGGUGGUUCCAGCGCCUGCCCAGCCUCAGCGAGACCCAAAGCUACCAGCUCUCCUGCGCCAUCGAGCCACCGGUGGAAGGAGGGACCCCCGCCAAGGCCGGGAAGCCCACCCUGGUCAUCACCCACUGCACCGACCUCCUCACCUCCCUCAGCAUGAGCACCCUCGUCCCCUGGGACCGGUCCUGCUCCUCGAACCCACCUCCAGACCUGCUUCUGCCUCCCACGUCGCCUGACCGGGGACAAACACGCCACAACCAGCACACCAAGUGGCCCUCGGUCUCCGCCUUGGACUCGGCCCCCGACAGCACCGCCCCACCUUCCCCAGGGGGACUGGCCCCUCCUCCGCCCCAAGGGGGGACCUUCGUCAAGGGCCACCGCCGCUCCGCUUCCUGUGGGUCGGCCUACCCUGCGGGACAGGCAAUGGGGGGCGCUUCCGCUUCCGAGUGCCGCAUCAUCCGCGUCAGCAUGGCCCUGCAGGACGGCACCCUCUACAAGAGCAUCCUGGUCACCAGCCAAGACAAGGCCCCAGUUGUGAUUGCGAAGGCGCUGGAGAAGCACAACCAGGACCGUGGCUUGGCCCCCCAGUACCAACUGGUGCAGCUCCUCCCGGGCGGAAAAGAGCUGGCCUUCCCUCCGACGGCCAACGUCUUCUACGCCAUGAACGGCACCUGCCAGGACUUCAUGCUCCGGGCGAAAGGGGCGCAAGACAAGGCUCUCCCGCCGCCUCCUGUGCCGCUGCCGCCGCCUCCCCCUCCUCCGCCCCCCAGGAGCCCCACCCCCAGGCGCAUGGAAAUCAGCGCCACCUUCCCAAAGAUCAAGGCCACCGGGCGCAAGAUUGCCAGAGCACUCUUCUGACCCAACUGGAAGCCGGGACCCACUUCUAACGGGCAAAAGCAGGCUCCGCCGAGAAAGAAGCGGACUAUGCCGACGCCGGAGGAAUAUCGAGGAACCAGGCGCAUUUGGGAUUCAGAGCCAGGGACAUUCAAAUUCCGUUUGCGGCGCCUGCUAUGCACUUCCUCUCGGCGCCACUACUGACUUCCUCUCUGCUUUUGCAUGGCCCCGUGCCUUAACGGAGUGACAGUCUGCACUGUACCGGCCGAAUGAAGGCGCUGCCCGAGGACCUCGCUUCCUGCUGACGGGAAGCGCCGUCGCAGUUGUUUACGGAAGCGGCCGCCUUGCUCACAAUCUUUAAGCGUGGGCAUUUCUUUUUGCAAAGCCAGAGUGAUCAUGAGCAGCCAUCCUUUUUGCCUUUGUAGCUAAUGCAAUACCAAAACUGGAUCGGAAGGGGAUGGGAGCCUUUUCUCAGGGAGUCUCAGCCAAAGUCCUUACGCCAAACUCAGCCUCAGCUUUUCUUUGCUCCUUGGUGCAAUUACACACUAUUUUUGUAAUUAAAUAAAAGACACUACUUACGAGG